AUAUAGAGGAGCGAUACACUAUAUACCAAACUGUACUAAUGACUGCAGCAGCACGCUGAAUGCGCCGAGCACGCCGUUGACAGCUAUGCGCUCAUGUACCCUCUAAAACAUCGCGCGCCGUUCGACGAAAAAUUCUUUGCAAAUAUCAAUCCCUGAUGCGUUUUGAAAUAUUAACAAACCACAAGAAAAUAUGAGCAUCAGAGAAAUAACUGAAGAGCCGGCUUUGUUGCAAGCGAUAUUCAGAGGCAAUGUUGACGAGGUUCGUGCCUUGUUGACGGAUCUAGCCGAUGUACAUUGGCAGGAUUCAGAACAGAGAACAUUGCUACAUGCAGCUGCUUACAGAGGAGAUCCAACCAUAAUAGAAACUCUUUUGUUGUGUGGAGCGGAAGUAAACAAUAAGGACAAGGAAUGGCUCACUGCAGUACACAGAGCUUGCCGCUCUUGCAAUCAUCGAGCACUAGAAGUUUUGUUCAAGUAUGGAGCUCACGUCGACGUGAGAGAUCGAAACUGGCAAAGUCCUUUGCACGUUGCUGCUGCAAACAACGCCGUCCAAUGUGCCGAGUAUCUUAUACCAUGGUUAUUCAAUAUAAACCUCACUGACAGGGGUGGAAGAACAAGUUUACAUCAUGCCGCUUACAAUGGCCACUUGGAAAUGACAGAAUUGCUGCUCGCACAACCGGGUUGUGUUGUUAAUGCACGAGACAAGAAAGACCGACGUGCCUUGCAUUUCGCUGCUUACAUGGGACACGAUGCGGUAGUCAAAGCUCUCAUAGACAAAGCAGCUGACGUUGACGUCAAGGAUCGAGAUCUCUACACACCAUUACACGCGGCCGUUGCUUCCGGUCGACUCGACUGUAUUCGGCUGUUGAUAGAAGCUGGUGCUCAUGUCGAGGCGAAAAACGUUUAUGGAAAUACGCCAUUGCACAUUGCGUGUUUGAAUGGUCAUGUUGAAGCGGUCGCUGAACUUAUUCGUCAAGAAGUCAAUAUCGAGGCUGUCAAUUAUCGAGGUCAAACACCCCUCCACGUUGCUGCCGCGAGUAGUCAAGGUGUCGAUUGCCUGGAGUCGCUUUUACGAGCCGGAGCAUCGAUCAACGUUCAAUCCGAGGAUGGAAGAACACCGCUGCACAUGACGGCGAUUCACGGACGUUUUACUCGGUCGAAAAGUUUAUUGGAUGCGGGCGCGUCCCCCGACACAAGAGACAAAAAUGGAAACACUGCUCUCCACGUUGCUGCUUGGUUUGGCCAAGAGUGUCUAACCACGACGCUUCUCGAGUGUGGUGCCUCGCCUGCAGCCAGAAACGCAGAGCAACGAACACCUCUUCAUCUCAGUUGCCUUGCUGGACACAUAGAAGUUUGCCGUAAAUUGUUGCAAGUCGAUAGUCGUAAAAUUGACUCUCGUGACAUCGGAGGAAGAACUCCCUUACAUUCCGCAGCAUUUAAUGGUUCCGUCGGUUGUCUAGAUUUAUUACUAUCGAGCGGUGCGAAUUUUCGGCUCUCCGAUAACGACAAUAGACUGGCGCUGCAUUACGCUGCUAGCCAAGGACGUUAUUUGUGUGUAUUUACCCUUGUUGGUUACGGGAGCGAUCCUAACGCGCAAGAUAUAAAUGGUGCGACAUCGCUUCAUUUGGCAGCUGCGGCACCCAGCAGAUCGGACGAUAAUGGACAAUGCGUCAAAUAUUUACUGGCUCAUCGUGCCGAUCCUCAGAUUCGAGACAAGCGAGGAUUCACUUCGGUUCAUUACGCGGUCGCAGGAGGUAAUGAGCCCGUUCUCGAGACUCUUCUUCAUGACACGGUGCUCGGGAACUCGGCGAUACACGCAAUAACCGCACCGUCCUCACCAUCAACCCGACAAGAUCCACCGACGCCAUCCAUAACGCCUCUUCACCUCGCCGCUUAUCACGGGCAUGGAAAAAUUCUAAAGCUACUACUGCCACUGUCUCCGAGCACAAAUGUGAGAGAAGAUACGGGAAAAACGCCGCUCGAUCUUGCCUCGUACCGGGGUCACGAUCAAUGUGUCAGGUUGCUUUUACGCUGCGCUGCAUUCGUCUCGGUUCAAGACAACGUUACCAAACGAACACCCGUUCAUUGCGCUGCGGCCAUGGGUCACAAAGAGUGCCUCAAACUUUUACUAAAAAAUACGGAGGAUCGUUCGGUUAUUGAUUGUUGUGAUGCGAAACAACGAACUUCACUCGCCCUAGCCGUUGCGAAUAGUCAUCUCGAAUGUGCUCGAGUUUUGCUCAAAUGGAACGCUGACUGCAACAUACCGGAUGUCAACAAGCAUACGCCACUUUUUCGGGCCGUUAUUCACGAGAGAGACCAUCCACUUGUCGAGCUUUUACUCGAGCACGGUGCACAGGUCACUGUUCAGGAUUCUAACGGCAAAACUCCAUUGCAUUUAGCAGCUGCUUCUGGAAGAUUAAAAGCUCUCGCGGCUUUGGUGAAUGCAGAUACGAGUGCGGCUGUCUUGAAAGAUGAUCAGGGCUGUACAGUCCUUCAUUGGGCUUGCUACAAUGGAAAUUCGAACUGCGUCGAGUACUUGCUUGAACACAACGUCGUUGAGUCAUUGGAAGGCAAUCCUUUUUCACCGGUUCACUGCGCCGUCCAUCAAGGUUCGGCGCACUGUCUCGAGUUGUUGAUAAACAAGUUCGGUGGACAAGCGGUUGCUGCACCGCGUGAUACACCUCGAGGAAGACUUCCGUUGCAUGUCGCCGCUGCUGCAGGUUCCGUUGAGUGUGCAAGACUUAUAAUAAGCGCGGUCGGUCCUGAACUCGCCGGAAUCGAAGCUCAGGACUAUGCGGGACGUACACCGUUACUGCAUGCUGCAAUAACUGGCCAAUCAAGCGCCAUCGAAUUGUUGCUGGAAUGGAAGGCAGACGUUAGGGCCGUUGAUUCUUCCAACAAUACAGCUCUCCAUCUCGCCUGCCAAAGGAGACACUCGUCCGCAGCUUCGCUACUUCUCGAUCACAUUGAAUCUCUCGGUAGUUCCAGCGACAAUCCUCAAAAAGCUCAAAAUCAUAGAGCUCAAAUAAUUAAUAUGGCCAACAAGCAGCAACGGACGCCGCUUCAUUUGGCUGCUAGUAAUGGACUCGUUACAAUUACCAGAAGACUUUUACAACUCGGGGCUAGUGUCGUUCUCGCCGAUUCCGAAGGCCUUACUCCAGCACUCGCUUGUGCACCCAAUCCCGCGGUCGCUCGGUGUCUUGCGACCAUUUUAGCCGCUCACGGAAACAACGGAGAAACAACUCAACAAUCGCCGUCCAUUCAACAAACUUCCGAAGUCUACCUAAACGGUAGAUGCGGCGGAGGGGGUGGAGACUCGCAGCACAGCUCGGAUUCGGAUUUUUACUGACCUCGAAGAUUAACGCGGUCGCACGCUAAUCACUAAUAAUCAACGCGCGUUUAUACAAGAAAUUGCGAUCGUUCCAGAUAAUUACACAGUACGCUGUUGGAAUUGCCGUUUCCGGUUAAUUUUUUUCAAACGACACAAACUAUGAAAAUCAGGGCUAACAUUAAGGGCAACAACAAAAACUUAGGCAUAGUUUUAUUUUCCAAUUACUUGGAAAUCAUUUCCAAAAAAAUUUUUCAUUCGGCGCUGUUUUUAGUGCUAUAAUUAUUAAAAAUAUAGGAAUCAACUUUUACACGCAACAAUUGUAUUGGUUCAUACAAUAUGUUCGUACAAUAAUUACCCACGACGCUUUUGUCGACGUAUAUAAAAAUACGAAUAGAUAUUGAAAUGUAUCUUUCCGUACAAAUGUCACAAUUUUUCAGUUUCAUCAAAACGAUUUUUAGUUACCGAUUUUAUUCGACAGAUAUUUUUUAAUGUCAUUUUCCAUGGUCUUUAUUGGACCUAACAUCACAUUUAUAAAUCUAACCAAUCGUUCAUUUUUAAUCUCAUUCAGACGUUCAAAUUUUAGUCUUUACUAUCGUAUUGAAAUUAUUUUCAAGAUGCAGUUAUAUUUUCAUCCUUUUCCCCGGAUUUUUCACUUGUCAACGCUGAAUUCAUAUUUUCAUUCAUUCAUGAAUUUUUUUCAUCACCUAAAGAUUAUCUCCCAGCCACCAAACGGUUUCAGUUAGUCGAACCAUCAACACUUUCGUUUCUUCGAAAUCAUUGCCUUCCAUUAUCGGUUGGAGAAUGCUUGGACUGAUAUGAAAUACGGCGUCGUCUCGAAUUCGCGUAUUUUCCGACAUUACAAAAUCGUAAGCGAGUGUCGCUGAAUUGUAAAAUUUUUUUCUUCUCUGCUAGAUUUUUUGUAAUCUAUCAAAUAUCUACGUAUAAACAUACCCCAGCUUGAAAUCAACAAUCCGCGAAGAGACACGGUGUACGAUCAAGAAUAAUUAAAUUCGCGCACUCGCUUCGAUCGAUUAACAAAAAACAAAAUUCAAGUGAAAUUUUAUUAUAAAAUGCGUAAUGGAUUUUCAAAUGCGAAUAAGACUGCGAUCAUAGGAAAAAACAAACAACGGACAAAUAUAUAACGAAAUGUAAAAUGUGUGCAAAAGACGAAGGUUUACUCAACGCGAUUCAAUUGAACAAAGAAAAACAACUAAUAUGUAUAUCAAUUUAUAUAUAUUGAAAAGAACAAAAACAAAACAAGGCGGUUUUUCGUAAACAUGUAUUUCUAUUGUACAUACUAACACGCAAUUUUAAUAGUAUAUAUAAAUCGCGGGCAUAAUGUAAUUAAUUGAAUGACGAGGAUAAGGUGGGCGGCUCUUGUACCAGUAAUAAAAAAUUGAUAAUGCAAACGACGUGAAAAAAUA